AAAGAAGAGAUAAAAGGUAACCAAAAUGGAGAAGAGAGUGAUGACAAGACCGAACGUACAAUAAAAAAUUUACGUAUAACAUCUGCCACACCGUUAGAACAAAAUACGGAAUUACUACCAAAUGAUGAACAAGAAAAAAAUGGGACAUCGACAACAUCAUCGGAAAUUGUCGGAGAUGAUGGAAUCAAAUUUAUAGGUAAAGGUAUUAAUAGUGUUAUUGAUGGUAUACAUAAAGUAAAGGAUAAUGAAGU